AUGCCAGUCGGCAAAGAUGGCUCUAGGUACGUUAUCACCUUCACUGAUGACUACUCUCGAGGCUCAUGGGCAUACGCCUUGAAACGAAAAUCCGAAGCGCUCCAGAAACUUCAACACUUUGAAGCCUGGGUCAAUCGGCAAUUUGAGCUUCAAAUCAAACGGUUCCUCUGUGAUAAUGGCAGAGAAUACCUCCCAAUUGGAGCCUACCUCGAACGCCAGGGGGUUGAGUUUGACACAUCUGCUCCAUACUGCAAAGGACAGAACGGGUUAGCCGAACGAACGAACCGUACUAUCCAGGAACGAAUCAAUACGCUCCUGUUUGAUGCGAGAUUACCUCCCUCCUGGUGGACUGAGAUUUUAGAGACAGUGCUCUAUCUCAAACUACGCGCUCCCGCGUCUAUCCUCAAGAAAAAGACGCCGUACGAAGCCAUAUAUGGCACAAUUCCCGAGCUAUCACACCUGCGUCGAAUUGGCUCCCGUGCAUGGGUUUUGAUUCCAAAAGCACAGAGAGAGAAAAUCGGACCAAGAUCAUCCGAAUGCCGGCUACUAGGCUAUUGCGAACCUAGUCAAUACAAGCUCUACGAAGUGCAUUCAGGCAGGACAGUCUUCUCUCGUGAUGUCGAGUUUGAUGAAAGAACGCCUGUGGCUCCGCUCAUUGAAGAAAGUGCUAGUCAUAACAUCUCUGCUAGUAGCUCUACGCCACAAGUUAUGCCUGAGCCGACAGCAUUUGAUCCAGAGCCAGCACCGUUGACACCGCCACAUCCAUUAUCUCCCUCCAACGAGCCGCAGCAGCAAGAGUCUAACUUACCUGACCACUCAAACCAACACACCAAUGAGACUGACCAGCCAGAAUCAACUCCACAGCCUGUCAACCCAGCUAUCAGUGAUGCCCAAGACAUACAUGACCUAGGGUAUUCACUCUACGGGCGAAAACGCAGACCAUCACGACGACUCUUAGAAUCUCUUGGUAAAGCCUAUAUUAUAACCUCGCCAAUGGGUUCCACAAAUGAUGACCCGCUUACAUUUCAAGAGGCCAUAUCCGGUCAGAAACAUCUUGAAUGGCGAACGGCUAUCCAAAGAGAAUACCAGUCUCUACUUGAUAACGGGACAUGGGAACUCAUUCGUCGAAAAGAUGUUCCCCCGGGACAACAGGUCAUUGGUUGCAAAUGGGUGUUUAAGACCAAAGCAAACAAGGUCCGAAAAGCACGACUAGUGAUCAAAGGCUAUCGCCAAAGACAUGGCAUUGACUAUCAUGACACAUUCGCAGCUGUCUCUCGCAUGGACUCUGUCCGCUGUAUCAUCGCAAGUGCUGUGCUGAAAGGCUGGAAGCUCCACCAGUUUGACGCGGUCACUGCCUUCCUACAUGGAGAUAUUGACACGGCUAUCUAUAUGGAGCUUCCGGAAGGCUUUGAGAAGGAGGGAUACGUCUGUCAACUACGUCGAUCCCUCUACGGCCUGAAGCAAGCACCUCGAAUUUGGUAUCGCUGCGUUCAACGGGUGCUACAAUCAAACGGUUUCACUAUGGCACAAUCCGAUAACUGUGUCUUCUACAAGGACAACUGUGUAGUCUGUGUGUAUGUGGAUGACUUCCUUGUGGCAGGCGCAACGACCCAUGAGAUCAAAAAUGUCCGACGAGCUCUUGAACGGGAAUUCAAAUUGAAUGACCUGGGAUCUCCGCGUUCAUUCCUUGGAAUCCAAUUCAACUUCAAUAUUGACGGAUCAGUCUCUAUUCAUCAGCAUCAGUACAUCCAGAAAGUGCUCUCUGACUUCUGUAUGGAGGACUGUCAACCAAAGAACACUCCUAUGAAUCCGAAAGCAAUAUUAAAUACACGGCCAGGUGAAGAAGACAUUGAUGAGAAUUCCAAAGACCGCUAUUGCUCUGCUGUUGGCGCGCUAAUGUAUCUGAUGGUCGGAACCCGACCAGAUAUUGCUUUUGCGCUUGGAACGUUAAGUCGAUUUACUUCCCGGCCGCAAUUGCAUCACCAAGCGGCAUUGCAACGACUCCUGCGUUAUCUCAAGGCGACUCAGUCAUACCAGAUCACUUACCAAGCGGGACAACUAAUCGGUUAUACUGACGCGGAUUUCGGUGGAUCUGUGGUUACUGACGGUGCUUACUCCACAUCCGGAUAUAUAUUCAAGCUAGCAGGAGCACCAAUAUCCUGGUCAUCUAAAAGACAGGGGGAAAUCGCCACAUCUACCACUCACGCUGAAUAUAUUGGUCAAUAUAAUGCCAUCCUUCAUCUACAGUGGCUUCGGACAUUCCUUGCUGAAACCGAUCUCUUCCAAUCUCCAGUCACAAACAUCAUGGCCGACAAUCAGUCUGCUAUCGCCCUAUCUCAUAAUCCUGAAUUUCACAAACGAACGAAACAUUUCAACGACUGCUUAGACCAGCAGCACUCUUUAGACCAGCAGGACUACUUAGGCCAGCAGGACUCUUUAGACCAGCAGGACUACUUAGGCCAGCAGGACUCUUUAGACCAGCAGGACUCUUUAGACCAGCAGGACUGCUUAGGCCAGCAGGACUACUUAGGCCAGCAGGACUCUUUAGACCAGCAGGACUACUUAGGCCAGCAGGACUCUUUAGACCAGCAGGACUACUUCGGCCAGCAGGACUCUUUAGACCAGCAGGACUCUUUAGACCAGCAGGACUGCUUAGGCCAGCAGGACUACUUAGGCCAGCAGGACUCUUUAGACCAGCAGGACUACUUAGGCCAGCAGGACUCUUUAGACCAGCAGGACUACUUCGGCCAGCAGGACUCUUUAGACCAGCUGGACUCUUUAGACCAGCAGGACUCUUUAGACCAGCAGGACUCUUUAGACCAGCAGGACUCUUUAGACCAGCAGGACUCUUUAGUCCAGCAGGACUACUUAGGUCAGCAGGACUCUUUAGACCAGCAGGACUAA